GGCACGCGCACGCUCCAAUCCUCGCAUCACCCAUAGUGUGUAAAACUUUACCGUUUUCCCGUUGGGUUUCACUUUGACAACUUAUCUUAAAAAAAAAAAAAAAGAAAGAAAAAGAAAGAAAGAAAGAAAUAAUACGAACAAGCCCGAGUUUUAUACAUUUCUCCACGGUUUCGGUUUGAUAGCAUCACAGAAGACCUCACGCGCAGCACGGUGUCUCGGUGUGUUUUAUUCUGCACGCGCAGAUCGGUGAAAGACGCACGCGAAGGGGAAGACGAAAGACAUUUAAACCGCAUCGACACUCAUUUCUGAAGGUCCGUUGUCCUGCGUGUGCUAGAGCGGAGGUGAUGAGUGUGUGUGGGAGGAAGGCUCUGACGCUGCUGAGCAGUGUGUUUGCCGUGUGCAGUCUGGGCCUGUUGGGAAUCGCCGUCAGCACAGACUACUGGCUCUACCUGGAGGAGGGAAUCAUCAUGCCUCUCAACCAGAGCACAGAGAUACGCAUGUCCCUCCACUCAGGCCUCUGGAGAGUCUGUUUCCUGGCAGGAAAAGAGAAGGGACGUUGCUUCACCAUCGAGUAUGUCAUGCCUAUGAACGUCCAGAUGACAUCAGAGUCCACAGUCAGUGUCCUGAAAAUGAUCCGCUCUGCCACACCAUUCCCACUGGUCAGUCUUUUUUUCAUGUUCAUCGGCUUUGUCCUGAGCAACAUCGGCCAUAUCCGGCCCCACCGCACCAUCCUCGCGUUCGUCUCAGGAAUCUUCUUCAUUCUCUCAGGUCUUUCACUGGUAGUUGGUCUGGUGUUAUAUAUCUCCAACAUCAAUGAUGAGAUGCUGAACAGAACUAAAACAAAUGAAGCCUACUUCAGCUACAAAUAUGGCUGGUCCUUUGCCUUUGCUGCCUUCUCCUUCCUGCUCACUGAGGCGGCAGGCGUGAUGUCCGUCUACCUCUUCAUGAAGCGAUACACAGCAGAAGAGCUUUACCGUCCUCACUCAAAUUUCUACGGGCCGCGUCUCAGUAACUGCUCUGAUUACUCAGCUCAGUUCCUUCACCCAGACGCCUGGACGAGAGGACGCAGUCCGUCAGAUAUCUCCAGCGAAGCCUCGCUCCAGAUGAGCUCCAACUACCCCGCUUUGCUCAAAUGUCCUGAGCAUAUUUCCUCCUCCCCCUGCUGAGAGAGCUUACACACAUGCAAACAGGAAAGUCUCACUUGACACAGCUAUUUAAAAUCACUUUAUCAGUAUUUGACGUAAAUUGUUUAUUUAUUUAUUUAUUUAUUUUGAUAAAGCG